AUGAUCAAAAGUUUACAAGAACUGCCUGAUAGUAUUAACUCCCAAAUUAUAAGUUAUCUUCCCCAGCAAGACAAACUCAACUUACUUUACACAAAUUAUCAUUUUUACAUGCUUGUGUUACCGCCGCUGUACCGAAGUUUACUCUUCACAAAAUCAUCAAGACUAGAACUCCCUAAUUCUUUUGAUGAGUCGCUGAGUACUGUUAUUGGAGGAAUAAAAUCCCCUCUCGCAACUACCAAACUUAACAAUAAAAUCUACAAUGCCAGACAGGAAAUAAUACUUGAUUCCUUGAUGGUCAAUAAGGAACUAUGCAGAUAUAUUGAAUCCGUUACUGUUCUCGGAGAAUAUCAUAACAAUGGAUAUGUUGAGUCUUUUGAAAACUCCAUCCAACCAAAGGUUGUUGACUUUAUAAAGAAAAACUGCUUUAACCUGAAAUACUUUUCUGUUAAGAAUACAAACAUCCCCAAUAUUAUGGUUCCAUCAUUACAACAUGUGCAACUAUCAACACUGAAUGAUUUUGAAAAGCUAUUAAGUUUGCGGGUCAAAAACUUGGAAAUUGAUUUGGCUGAUAAUAAUCAUAAAAUGCAAUAUAUUAGUGACCAAUUAUUGCUCACCUUUUUUCAAAACCUCGACAGCAUCAGCUUCCAUGAUGAAUUUUCCCAAACGAUUGUAAUGAAGAGGCUCUUGAAAAUUAAAUCUUUGAAGCUGAAUCUGAGAAGCCUAAAGCUAAUCUUCUACCAUCAAUUUGAAAAUCCUCAUGAUUUAAUAUGCUCGUUCUUGGAUCUCAUUGAGUUUGAAAAGAUUGAAAAUCUGGAGCUAGUUUUGGGUUGUGAUGAUAUUACAUGCGGCUGUAUUAUAGAAUUUAACAAGUAUCUUGUUAGGCAUAACAUGAAGCUGAAGAGGCUCUCUUUAGUUCAGAGAACUAGACAUAGAGAGCACAAUCACACCGAAGCAUUUGAUUUCCAAAUAACGGAAAUGCUAAAAAUGUACCAAAACCAUGAAUACUUGAGACAUUUAUCUAUAACUCAUGUCCCGCCCUCUGAUUUUAAUGUCGGUCAUGGAUUUGAAGGGAAUUACUUACACAGAAAAAUGCUAUAUAAAAGCGUUUUACCUUUAUUGAAUAGACUUGAGACUUUCGAAUGUCCUACGUUUGUCCAAUCAAUUGCGUGUUAUGAGCAAAUUAUUUCCAAUCUACUAUGGAAUGGAUGCAAGUGUGAUCACUGCGAUGCAUACCUAUCGAUUUUCGAUAAAUAUAUCCUAGACCACCAGUAUUAUGAUGAAAUCAAAUGUCAUCUGACAGAUAUGAUUUCUCCGAUCCUCUUUGGUAAUAUUGGAAGAGUUCUAUCUAUCAGAAAGAUCGGUGGGAAUAUAGCUCCUACUUACGCCUAUUGGGAUUUUCAUGAUGCACCAUAUCAGAUUUCACAUUUCCAUGAUUGCAAAUUUGAUCGAUCUGCAUUCCCUGCUGCAACAACCUGUCUUGUGCAUUUCGUUCAAUCUUAUGUCGAAAAAAUGGGCAGGAUGAUUCCUUCGCUGAAAAGAUGCGUGUUGAGUGGCAUGUUCUACGACAAAAUAUCGGAAAACAGGUGGUAUUGCAGUGAGAGAUUUCUGCAAAAGUAG